AUGUUCAAGAGUAUGCUAAUGGGCAGGAACGGAAACAGCACUGCUGCCGCUAGGGAGGAACUCCUAAUGGAGGGUCAAUCGCGCGAGGGUACUGACAAGGGGGACGACUACAAUGAAGACAGACGGGAUGAUCCCAGGGGGAAGGGCCAAAAGGCGAGUCGCACACAUAUCAGCAAAACAAACAUGAAGGGGGUGAACUUUAAGGAGGGGCUCCAAAAUGCAAGCUUCCUCGAAUUUAAUUUCAAAACGGACGUGUAUUUGAAGCUGAACGAAAUGAAGAUUUUUACCCCCACGCAAAUUCAGAGGAACGUAAUACCGUUGCUGCUACAGGGAAGGGGAGACUCGACGGAGGGACGCAGCGAAAUGGCCACGUGUGGUGAGAAAGCAGAUGUGUAUACAGAAAUAGUGAGAAGUAGAAGUCGCAUUAAUGGUUACUUGAGGGAGAGUUUUAACGUGAGGGGGGAUUUUUACGACGUGGGGAAGUACCAAUCAGGUGAUGGGGGGAAGCUGGUUGGGGCGAAGCUGGUUGGGGCGAAGCUGGUUGGGGAGAAGCCCGUUGGGGAGAAGCUCGUUGGGGGACGCCCAACUCUUGGUAGGCAUGCCGACCGCAGUAGCUGCCCAACGGCUGUGCCGUCACACAGCGAGGAAGCCAACGCAGGUGGAGAAAAAAAAAAAUGCUUCAACGAUGUGUACGUUAUCGUGAGUCCAGAUAACACGGGGAAGACGCUGAGCUAUUUCCUUCCAAUUUUAAACAACUUUUACAUGAACAAUGAGAAAAUUAUGAAGAGCCUAUCAAAAUUUUACCACUUUUUGAAUAAAUAUAAUUACAAAAAAUUUCGAAACAAACUCUUUAGAAAGAAAGAAAAGUUAAGAUGUGCCAACAGGAGAAUGGAUAAUUUAUUUUUUCACAUAGCCUAUGAAAAGCACAAAGUACGAAACAGAUACAUAUACACCCGCAAGUACAAAAAUUACAACGUCAUUAUUCUAACAAACACGAGGGAAGCUGCGUUCGAGCUUUUUUCCUUUUUAAAAAGUUUUGAUGUAAAUAUUGAAUUGCUGGCGGGGGGAUAUUUGUACAAAAGGAAGUCUAUUAAAAAAUUUCACGUGGAGAUGCUAUCUCCGUUAGGUGAUGAGAGGGCUCAGGACAUGGAGUACUCGGACGAACUGUACUACUCGGACGAACUGCACUACUCGCAUGAUGAGGAUCACCUGGGGGGGUACCCAAAUGUGCGCAGUGAGUUCAUCAAGACAAACGAUUUUUUAAAAAGAAUUAGUAAAAAUGUUAAGAGAAGUGCCAAGGCAAUAAAUUACAACAUCGAUAUUUUAGUUGGCACUCCUGAUAAAAUUUUCGAAAAAGUAGACAAUUGUAAAAAUAAGCAUUUGUACAAUUUUAAGUUUUUAAAGUACGUAGUUGUGGAGCAGGCAGAAACGCUUUGCAAUGCAUUCAACGAGGGGAAGUUGCAGCUUGUGCUUAACCAUAUAAGGAACUACACUAACAUGUAUUAUUUUAGGGGGGGGGUCUCGGCUGAGGAUCCGAACGGGGGUGGCAGCCCCAGGGAUGUUCUCAAAGAUGAUAACUCUGGUGAUCCUCAUGACGAUGUGCACGAAGGACAAAAAAAAGGCUUCGACUUGGAAAACGAAGAGGCGAGACGGAGUGCUCGGCGGGGGAGACGCAGGAGCAGUCUAAACCAGAAGAAAAAAACUGACAUGGUGGAGGAAGAAGGAAAUAAUGAGGUGAGUCCAGAUAGCUGUGAAGAAGGUGAAGUGGGGCUGGAGGCCGACGACGGAAGUUACUUACGGGAUGCCUCCAAAUGGUGUGAUGGGGAAGGAAAAACGGGUGAGGAAUGCGCGGGAAGCAGUAUCAAUGGGGAGAGCCCCCCUGAAGAGGUCACCCCUCGUAGCACCAAAAGGAAACUCGCAGAACGAGAUCAGCGCGACGAACGAGAACAACGCGACGAACGCGACGAAGUCAUCCGAGUGCUCAACGGCGGGGGGGACAAAAACGAAAAGAACACCCUGAGCUCGAACAUCCCCAUAUCUAUAUUCGUGUCGGCGACGAAAACGUUUUGCAUCAGCGAGUUUCUCGCCAACAACGUGAGGAGCAAACAUAUCCAGGAGGUGAUACACCUGAAGAGCCACGAUAUCAGCUCCGAAAUGAAACACAUAUUUAUUAACAGCAAAAAUAAGGAAAAAACUGCACUCCUAUUGGAGCUUCUAAACAGUAAGGACGCGCAAAGUAGCGCCAGGAUGAAGGGGCUAGUACACAGCAGGCAUUUCCUCAAUAGACAUGUAAUUUUCUGUAACACGAGAAAAAGUGUGCAGAAUGUUGCAGACCUCCUGACCGAACUCAAGUACAAAGUCAGUUGUAUUCACAACGAAAUGAGUUACAAGGAGAGGAGCCAAAAUUAUCGGCACUUCAAAAAAAACAAAACGAAUAUUUUGGUAUGUACAAAUAUACUCAGCAGAGGAAUACAAUUUGAAAAUUGCGAUAUAAUCAACUACGAUAUUAGCAAUAAUAUAAAUGACUAUAUUUACAAAUGCAGUAAAGUGGCUCAAACCAAUGGCAGUACCUAUUGUGGUGGAAGAAGCAACUCGUUAACCUCCUUCUUUAACAAAAAAAAUACAUCACUAGUUAACAACAUCAUUGAAAAAACGGUGGACAAGAAACAAAUCAUUUUUCAAAACUUAAAUAAAAAAGUAAGUAAAAUGUUGAAGCUGCAAAAUAAAUAUUACGAUAUUGUGAAGAAGAAAAAAAGGUAUCAGAAAAAGGGAGGGAGAAAAGCUUUGCACAUUUCUCCAAGGAGAAAUUGUCUAAGUAAAAAAAAUAAAAUAUUAUCCAAAAAGCUAUACUUUUAUAAUAAAAUGAAUGUAGAGCGUAAGCGCUUAAUAAAGAAGGGAAUUCUCAAGGGCCAUGAGAAGAUCCCCAGAUUUCCCAAUAGAAAAGCGGAGAUCUACGACAGUAAUGAGUAUAACUGUGUGCACAGGUUGGACGACGGUGCGCUUCAAAUUUUAGCCAAGAAAAGAAAAACGAAAAAGAAUAAAAAGGACGAUGGGGCAAAAUAUGAGGAGGAUACCAUCGUUUUGGACAACAUGCCCACUUAUGAGGAUGAGGCGAAGGCCAAGGAGAAGAAGCACCAAAAGAAGACAUACUUCUAG